CUCAAAUCAUCAGCAGUUGGUUCAGUACAGAAUCGACAGGAUCCAUGAAUGAGACAUUUGAACAAAUCUGCUUUUAGCAAAGAUUUUACACUGGUUACACCAGUAUCUCAUUUCUGAGGACUGAUCUUAUUUUAAUGAAAAUAUGAAGACGAAACAACAAAUCAUUAUUUUCAUUUGUUGUUUACAAGGUGUUUGGUGUGGAGAUUGGAGCAUCAAUCUGCCAGAUAAGAUUGAAGCUCUGAGUGGAUCUUGUGUGACCAUAAACUGCACAUUUACUAUUGAUAACACAUAUGACAAAUAUCUCACUGACAGUGCUGCAGGAGUGUGGUAUAAAACUGAUACUAAAGACGACAACAAUAUUGUGUUUAGGUCCGGUAGCUCCAAUCUACCUUUUAAAGGAAACAUAACUGGAAAAUUAAAAGACAAGGACUGUACUACUAUUUUUUAUGACGCUACUUCAAAUCACAAAGGCAGAUUUUUCUUCAGGAUUGAGGAUGGACUUAAAUGGACCUAUACACAAAAAUCUGUUUUUAUAGAUGUAAUCGACUCUCCCCCCAAUCCCACAGUGCAGAUGUUUAAGGAUCAGAUGGAGGUUCAGGAGGAGGUGUUAGAGGGGAGCUCUAUGUGUCUGCGCUGCUCUGCUAAGACUCUCUGCUCCUCUUCUCCACCAACUCUCACAUGGAGCUCCACUGACAGACUCCACCUCAAUGAGAGCAGCAGACUACAGCUGGAUCAACAGAAACAAACUGAGAUCAUCUCUGAUCUGAACUUCACUGCUACUCACCUUCAACAUGGAGUCACUGUCAUCUGCACUAUAACCUACCAGCUACAGCAGAGGAACACAACAGCACAGAGCAACAUCACAUUACUUGUUCAGUAUGCUCCUAAAAAGACAUCAGUGUCUGUGUUUCCAUCUAACUCUGUACUGGAGGGCAGUUCAGUGACUUUGAUCUGCAGCAGUGAUGCCAAUCCAGCAGUGCUCAUCUGGUACAGAGAGAAUGGAGGACAGCUGGAGGAGCUGCAGACUGGAGAUAAUCUCACCUUCAAUGUGACUGAUCGUACACACACAGGACGCUACUACUGUCAAGCCAAAAACCAACAUGGCACUCAAAACACAUCAGUGUGGCUGGACAUUCAGUAUGCUCCUGAAAACACAUCAGUGUCUGUGUUUCCAUCUAAACCUGUACUGGAGGGCAGUUCAGUGACUUUGAUCUGCAGCAGUGAUGGAAAUCCAGCAGUGCACAACUACACCUGGUACAGAGAGAAUGGAGGACAGCUGAAGAAGCUGCAGACUGGAACUAAUCUCACCUUUAAUGUGACUGAUCGUACACACACAGGACGCUACUACUGUCAAGCCAAAAACAAACAUGGCACCCAUAACACAUCAGUUUUGCUAAACAUUCAAUAUGCACCCAAAAUCUCUCUCUUUAGCUGUAACAUAACUGAUUUAACUGUGUGUUUGUGUGAGGCUCAUGGGAAUCCCUCUCCUAAAAUGGAGUGGCAUCUAUCUGGACGUCCUGUCAGUAACUCUACAAACACAUCCAUUAGUGAGGAGCGAUUGAACAGCACAGACUUGAGGAGCUUCAUUUCUCUCCAUCAGUCACUUACACACACAGACACUCUGCAGUGUGUCACCAUCAACACUCACAGCACUGCCAGUCAACAGAUUCAACUGCUUCACUGUUCUCAUGAGACAAAUUACUCAGCAGGUAUCAGUGUUUCCUCUGUGCUGACUGGAGCUUCUAUUGGAGCUUCAGUAAUGAUGAUCUUGUGUGUCAUUAAGAAUAUCUAUGAACGAAAUAGAAACAGCAGAUCCACAAAGACAAGACAAGAAGAUAUCGCUGAACUUAAAUUGACUAACGGAGAGAAUGAAGAACCUAUUUAUUCCAAUAAAUCUGCUGAAGAUACUUCACUCAUUUGCCCAGAAUUCCUUCAUUAUUCCUCCAUUGACUUCACAAACACCCAAAUAGAGUCAGAAGAGAUCAGGGGCGUCUCCUCACUUACUGCUGUCUAUGCUUCUGUACAACAAGACCCUGACCCGCCACCAAACAGCAACAUCUCAACAGUUGAGAUAGCAGACAGUAAAGAAAGUGAUCCAGAAUUGACCAUCAGUACAGACACUGAGCAAGAUCAGGCAAAGAAAACAGAUUUGCAGUCAGAUGAAGUUUCUGAUAUUUAUGCUCAAGUAAGACGUGCCACCCAAAAAAUAAAAAAAUAAGCCAUUUUUUAAAAUUUGGAAUUUUGUGCCAUGAUAAAUUUUAAAGAGUCUGAAUUCAAAGGAUUUUUAGAAAUAUUCUUACAGAUACUUUUAAAUCUAAAUAAGGCAUCAGCCAGUGUCAUGUUUUAUUAUUUUUGGUGCUUGAGUGCAGCAAUUGUGAACAAUGUUACACAAAGCAAACAUCAACUGUGUAGGAUUGUUGUGUAAUUAACUUAUAAAGUACAGUAUUAUUCACAUAUUAAAAUUAAUGUAGAAUGAUUUUAUGUUUUUGCUUUACAUGUACGUUGUGUGUAUACUAUUUUUCAUGGUUGAAUUUAAUUAUUUUCUUUAAUCUAUGAUUGUAGGGAUC